UAUUGGGACGCCGCAGUUGACGGUGAGCCAUCGGAACGAUUGGGGUGAUUGGGAAACACGUCGACGUUGUUUUUCUCUUCGACUCACUGUUUUCGCAUCGGUGAUAUUAACCCGGUGAAACUUCGAUGAAAUUUUCAAAGUGAAUCGUCUGUUUAUCCUACUGCGAGUGUGACGAACCCGAACCUCUUCAAAUCACGUUGAUUUUCACGGGAAAUACUUUUCAAUAACUUUCGAUUGAACUCGUGUAAUUCCUGGACGAAACCUCACCUUUGGUUUGAUGUUUCGUGGAGAACCAUUCUCGCGUUCUCUCAACGGAUUGAUAUUCGCAUGAGCGUUGAACGCUAACGAAAAACUGGAAAAAUGCCAACGUGAAGUGUUAAUUAGAGCGCAAACAUGUCGAGGGAAGAUAACUGUUAACUUUCCCAACCAUUAUUUCCUCGAAAAUUGAAGUAUAACGAAAAUUGGUAUUCGUGUCCGAUAAGUAAAAGCAGGCAGGAAGGUACAGCAACUGGAAAUCGAAAAAUUAACAAUGGCUGGAAUUAACAAUCCGACCUUCGACGAGGUUGAACGAAAAAUAAGCAAGCACAGUCUGAGAAUUUCUCUGAAUCUUGGACACCAGGAUUUUGGGCUCGACGAACUCAACGAUGACAUAAAAAAUCGUGAUUCAUCUAAAGACGAGGGAUAUAGCAAGAGGGAAAAUUCUUCCGGUUGCCUCGCGGCCGGUAGAUUAGCGAUCGACCAAUUUUUCGUAAGGAAUAAAAAAGUUUUCAAGAGGAUGGGCAUUUUACUUAUCCAUGCGUCCGUCAUCGUAUAUUUGACCUUUGCGAGUAUUUAUUGGACGAAAAAUGCGAAGAACUGCGAGUUCGAAUGGUGUGACGGUUACGGAAUGCUGAUUGUGAUACUUUCCAUUGUUUACUUCUGUCUUAUUUAUUACUGCAUCAUCAAAAAGUAUUUCGGAAAAAGCAUAAAAAGUGGAUUCGAUCCGCUCUGUUCGUGUCUCGAUGGUAUAAAUAAUUACAGAUACGGCCCUUCUUUGUUCAAGGGCUCGUUCUACGGGUUAGUGUUGAUCGCUAUCGUAGUUUUCCUUAUCCUCGACACGGUCGGUUCGAGAGAUCGGUUAACAAGUUUCAUCGGGAUCGUUGUUCUCAUGUUUUUCGGCUGGGUAUUCUCGAAAAAUCCUGGCAAGAUUUAUUGGCAACCCGUUAUCUGGGGCCUCAUCCUUCAAUUCUCGUUUGGCUUAAUAACGAUCAGAUGGAGUGUCGGACGCGCAAUUUUUCAAUGCGUUGCAAACAAGGUUGCGGCAUUCCUGGGUUAUGCAAAGGACGGCGCAGCUUUCGUGUUCUCCCAGCAGAUCAUUGACGACGGAGUCUUCGCAUUUGCAGUCCUACCGGUCAUUUUUUUCUUCAGUUUUAUCAUACAAAUUCUUUACUAUUGGGGAGCCAUGCAAUGGGUCAUUUUGAAACUUGGCUGGAUGCUACAAUACGUAAUGGGCACAACCGUGUGCGAGAGUCUCAAUUCUGCAGCAAACACAUUCCUCGGAAUGACGGAAUCACCGCUGCUGAUCAAGCCCUACAUCAGCAAACUCACCAAGUCCGAACUGCACGCCAUCAUGUGUUCAGGAUUUGCCUCCGUUUCCGGUACCGUACUUGCUGCGUACAUUGGCUUCGGUGCUCAGCCAGCACAUCUCAUAACCGCCUCGGUCAUGUCGGCGCCCGCUGCUCUCUGUUUCUCCAAACUCUUCUACCCCGAAACGGAAAAAAGUCAAACUACUUUCGAUAAUAUACCGCUACAAAAAUCAGAAGACACCAGUGUCAUGGACGCAGCAACGAAAGGUGCUCUGGCUGGAAUUCCACUCGUUCUUGGCAUAGUCGCCAAUAUCGUGGCGUUCGUUUCCCUAAUUUCUUUCCUCAAUGCCAUAUUAUCGUGGCUCGGCGGUCUUGUGGGAUUUUCGGAGCUGACUUUCGAGCUCAUAUUAUCGAAAGUGUUCAUGCCCCUGAGCUGGAUAAUUGGCGUUCCAUGGGACCAAUGUGAAGACGUUGCAACUCUUAUAGGCUUGAAAAGCGUGGUAAAUGAAUUUGUGGCGUAUCAAAAAUUAGGGGAAUUGAAGAAAGCUGGAAAAUUAACACCUCGCGUCGAGGCUAUUGCCACAUACGCGAUUUGCGGCUUUGCCAAUCCUGGAUCCAUCGGCAUUAUGAUGGGGAGCCUCGGAUCAAUGGCUCCUGAAAAACGUCAACAAAUUGCUGAGCUCGUCGUCAGAGCCUUCGUCGCUGGCAGCAUUGUUUGCUUCCUCAGCGCCUGCACGGCCGGUAUGCUGAUGGACGAAUCUUUCUUUGCAACUGCCUUAACGAACGGAACAACACCCGCGCAAUGAGAACUCAGCGGGUUUAAGAGCCAAAAACAUUCGGAGCAUCACGAACCAAUGAAAUGUUUUCGUUCCUGUACUCAAUGGACACACAGUUGAAAAACUUUUCAUUGCUAGUUGACCAUAUUUUCAUUAAUUAUUGCUAAUCCAAGAUCCAGUCAGUGAAAAACGAAAAAAUAAUCACACUUGGUCAGAACAUUAACAGUAUUCGUGUUACCAUUUUAUAAAUAAUUAAUAAAUACUUCGAAUCACAGUCUCGAACAUUAACUGAAAAUAGGAAUAAUGAAAAAUGAAAGAAUGAUGAAAAAUGAAAAUAUAAUCUUCAAUUUUAUCUGAGUCGUAAAAA